AAGUAUACUCACUUCACCAGCAAUCGCUAUGCGAGUCCAUUCCUUAUACUGCGCAGUCCCGCACAACGCCGAUAUCGUGAGCGAAACGCACAUCUCUAACUUCUUACGCCAGCUGUUACCCAUAACUCAACGUUUACCAACACUUGACUACGAAUAGCACCACAACAAAAGCCAAAAAACAACCAAGAACCGUAACGAAGAACGGUUUUCAGUGCAAAUGGAGCCGUAAAAUAAACAAAAUCAACAUAAAAUGAAACUCUACAAAUUAAACACGCAUACGCGGGGGUGCAAUAAGUCAUACGAAUCGGACUUGGUAUUAAAUCCACAGGAUCAUCCAACAGCUAAAGUUGGAGAUGUGGUGGAAAUAUAUGCACCUGACGAUGAGAACGGCACGCAUUUGCUGCUGCAGAUAACUGAGCUGAAUGAACAGAGUAAAACGGGUCGCAAUGUGAUAAGCAUAGAAUCGGGCAUUGCGACAGCAUUUAAGAUGCGCUCCUAUUCCAACGUUGUAAUGCGUAUUGUGAAUCCCGCGAACGUUGCUCUCGACUCGAUAGAGAUUACAUUUAAGGAGCAGUACAUGGGCCGCUCUGAGAUGUGGCGACUAAAAACUUAUCUGACAAAUACCUGCGUGUAUGCGAAUAAAAAGAUUGACUACAAUGAUAUGCAGAUACGUUGCCAAGUUUAUGAGAUGUGGUCGCAGGGGGAACGUGUGGCUAGUGGCGUUAUUACAGACGAUACCAAGAUUGUGUUUCGCAGCAGCACCUCGAUGGUCUAUCUCUUUCUGCAAAUGUCUUCGGAAAUGUGGGACUUUGAUAUACACGGCGAUUUGUACUUUGAGAAGGCUGUCAAUGGUUUCCUCACCGAGCUCUUUCAAAAGUGGAAGAAGCUCAGCUGCAAUCAUGAGGUGACCAUAGUGCUUUUUUCUCGCACCUUCUAUGCUGCCAAGUCAUUGGAUGAGUUUCCUGCGCACAUGCGGGAUUGCUUGCAACAAGACUAUAAGGGACGUUACUAUGAGGACUUUUAUCGGGUGGCUAUACAGAACGAGCGCAAUGAUGAUUGGUGUACGGUGUUGGCGCAGCUGCGCAAGCUGUUCACUUCCUACCAGGAGACUGUGCUGCGCUAUCAUGAACGUCAGCAUAUGGUUAUACCACAAGCGACCAACUCAACUGCCACACAAGGCAACUUCCUUGAAGUACUUAACAUUUCAUUGAAUACUUUUGAGAAGCAUUACCUAGAUCGCACUUUUGAUCGUACGGGUCAACUCUCUGUUGUGAUAACACCCGGUGUGGGCGUCUUCUCUGUGGAUCGAGAGCUGACGAACAUUACCAAGCAGCGCAUCAUUGAUAAUGGCGUUGGCAGCGAUCUCGUUUGUGUUGGCGAGCAACCCCUGCACGCUGUGCCGUUGCUCAAGUUCCACAAUAAGGACACGUCCAUAACAUCGGCUGAUGACUACUCAUUGCCGCAUUGGAUUAACCUAAGCUUCUACUCGACUAACAAAAAGAUUGCCUAUUCUAGUUUUAUACCACGCAUCAAGCUUCCUUUUUUAUCGGCAGUCGAAGAAGGCGAUGUGGAAGAGAACGAGCGCAAUUUCCUUAGUUGCAAUCAAUCGGAAUAUAUUCACAACUCUUUGUUUGAUUAUGAUGCAUACGAUGAGCAAAUCUUUCAGCCACUGCCAGCGCAGAGCACAUGUUCACUGCAGCGCAUUGUGCGUGCCAAGAAGACAUCGGUACCCAGCUUUGAAACAUAUGCGUAUCGUAACAAUGACUGGGAAAACUUAACGCCCACUAAGAUACCCAGUUUACGCCGGAAAAUGUCCGAUCCGGAUAUACAUCAUGGCACUUCCGGCAUGCUGGCCACAUUGACAGACACCGCCAACAACUUAUCCGAGUCCCUGGCCUCGGAGAAGAAUGCGAGACGCACGAUUGUGAGCAUCGCUCCAAUUGUGCGUCCUGGUCGUGCAUUAAUCAAUCCCUUUGAUCCAUCCCAUGUGACCAUAAAAUUGACUUCUAAUCGACGUCGAUGGACGCAUAUCUUUCCCAAGGGACCGACAGGCGUGCUUAUACAGCAGCAUCAUUAUCAAGCGGUACCAGCCAAGGCAUUGCCUGCUGUCAACUACAAUCGACAGUUGCAGCACUCCAACAGCAGCAGCAACAAUAAUACCAAUAAUAAUAAUAAUAACAACGAACAGGAGUUAAACUCAGUUGUUGGAGAGCAUUUUGAUGAGCUGUCCACUCACUCGCUGUUGAGCCAGAGCAAGUGCUAUAACUCGCACAAUGAGGAGAAAUCUGAUUUUUUCAAGCGUCGCAAUCCGUCGCUGUUGAAUGCCGCGCCCGCUGCCAAUGUACCCAACCUGACGGCCACACAGGCGAAGUCCUUUUUGUGGGGUGCCACUGGGGAGCAGGAAUGGACGCCAGCAAUUACUACGGAAAAUGGCAUUGCUCUACAUAAUGGGAAUGCAACGGGCAAACACAUGAAAGCAAUUGUCGAAAGCGAACAUAAAAAUUAUGGAACAUCACGGCUUGAGGCUACGAGCGAGGCAGUCGGCAAAGGAAAAAUCAUCAUAGGCGUCGACUGGAAAUCUCUAUCCAUACCCGCCUGCCUGCCGAUAACCACGGAUUACUUUCCCGAUAAGCGUUCGCUGCACAAUGACUAUGUCAUCUCCGAUUAUACACUGCUGCCGGAUGAUGUGAAUCUGGAUUAUGCUAAGAGUCGUGCUGUCUAUCGCAAACCCUUGUCCACGGAAGAGGUGUGUAAAGAGAUUGUGUCACAGCGCUUGGCCCAGGGCUUUCAACUGAUUGUCGUCGAGGAGAAACAGCCAAGCUCCAACAGCUGCUGCUCCGCGAAUGGCAGCUGUGCUGGUCCAGGUAGCAAUCUUGGCUCAUCCGCUGUAUUGCCCGUAAAACCGCCGUGCGAGCCGAACAGGGAGUAUCUAUUAUCCAUAGGACGCAUAUUUCACAAGAUCUCUCUAAGUGGGUCAGUUAUUACAGUAACUGGCUAUAAGCCCAGGCAUCCCUAUCCGCCCAUUAAUGUUGAUUAUCGCUAUCGUUUCCAUGCGCCACAGCAUGAGACCUAUGAAAUUUCUGGCGUUAACUUUACCACUGAGAAACUGGAGAACUUUAAUUGGAACCAUAUGGAUUUAUACAUAUGCACGCGAGGCGAUGUUGAUUAUCCGCUAAUGGAGAGCCUCAAGUACUGGCGCUUUCGCAUGUAUCUGUUGCCAAAGGAUACCGUGGUCAAUAAGAUCGUCAACUGCGGCUCUCAGCGUUGCGACAUCUUUACUGAUGCGGUUCUGGACAAUACCCGUGAUCAAAUCGAGGACUUUGUGCGACUCAUCGAGAAUGUCAGCAAAUUGAGACGACAAAUAUGUCGCAAGGCGCGCGAUAGCCCCACUACCCACAGCUUUACUAAGCGACGACACAGUACCAGCAUUAUUUCCAGGCCUCUCAACCAGCAGCAUGAUACACCCACACCUAGAAUCACAGAAAAGAAUCAUAAUCUAUUAAAUUCACCACAGCAAAGCAUCAAUGUUCGACCCAAGGUGGAGCCUGGUCGCAUUUCGCGAAAUCUGGGCGGCACAGAUGCAGCCACAGCCGCUGCCACUGCAGCUACAACCGGAACUGGGCCACGCGAUGAUCAGGAUGAUGGCUUUCCAGUGGAUAUAAAGUUUAGCGCGAAUGCAACGCUGGCCGAGAUGUUCGAGGCCAUGAAGCAUCCGGUGAAUGGCGUUGGCUUCUUUACCCAAACCCAAUCGUUGCCCUCCUGCACUUUUAUCUCAUACGAUGCGCUGAUGUGGUUAAAAGCGCGAGUGACCAAUGGCCGGCAUCCUAUGGAUCUGCUGGAAGCCAUGCGCAAAGAGCGCAUGAUUUGCCACGCCUCCGGCGAUUGGGAUCAGCCCAUUGUGCCAGGUUUUGUAUUUUACUAUGUGGUGCAACAGGAUGCGAAUGCUAAAGAUUAUGCCAAGCCUCUUAACGACUACAGCGCCUUUGUCAACGAGUGGCUGGAGAUCGAGCUGCAGGGCUGCAACUUUUUGUGGCACGAUGAGCCGUCACCUACACAUGUUCCCAACUUUUUGCGCGAUACACCAGCACCUCAAUCCUGGACAGCCUACUGCAAGAGCAAGCGUGUUUGUCGCAAAUCGCAUUUGGAGAUAGAUGUCAACCAGAAGAGCGAUCGAAUGGAAUGGGGUCAUGUGAAACAUCACACUGUAAUGCAGCCGGGCUUUGCAUUUGAGCUGGUCGUGGAGUGGGUUACCUCGUCGGGACCCAUUGUAUCCGAUUUGAUCGCUGGAUGGAUGCGCAAAGCAAUUCAAUGUGGUUAUCAGUUGGUCUCUGUACCUGCUGAUCCCAUGGCUGAGCCCUUUACAGAAAAAUCAGAUCCAUUGCGUGGUCCCAUUUUCAUUCCCUUGUGCGUCAACUUUUUGCCAGAAGGCAGAUGCCUUUUUGAUGAAUUUCCGGAGGACAGCCGCUCGGAUCGUAUGCUCUUCCUUCAGGAGGCUAUUCUGGCUAGAUUUGGCUUUCUGCCCUGUGUUCUGGAGGAGAAGUUUAAUCAAAAGAAGGACCUGCCAAAGGAAUAUCAGUAUGUGCAUUGCACUGGAAACAUGUUUGCCCUAAUACGCUGCGCCAGCAACAAAUUCCAGGUUGAAUCACCUAGUCGACAGGAAGCAAAUGUCACGCGUUGUGUCUAUGGGCAUACCAAUAAUACCAAUGUACCCAAGAAGGUGGGCUUCCUUUGGUCUUGGAAUCACAUGAUACCCAACAGAAAAUGGAAAACGUUGACUAUUAAUAACUCAGCUGACGGUGAACUAUUCCAACUGAAAAUGUUAAAGGAUUUCCGCGAGUUUUGCUCAAAUGGCGAUCAACGUUUAGCCAAUUUCUGGUCACAAUCUCAGGAGCUUAAACGCAAAUCCCUUAAAUUUGAAUACAACAAUAACAAUGAUGAACCAAAAAUUAUAUAAGAAAAAUAUUCCAAA